CACAAACAAAGUCAUUGUGCAUUGACACCCCACAGCUUCUCUGGUACAUUUCUGUUCUACGUGUUGCCUGCGCGCGGUGGUGGUGAACUGUCGACGCGCGAUUCGAAGCGGGCAGCUUCCCCAGAUACACCAGCCGCGGUUGGGGCAUGCAACCAUGGUAGCUUCCGCAGCCGCCGACAAUUCGCUGUGAAUUUCUAUCCACUCGAUGGCGGAGAAUUUGCUGGAUUCCACACGUCUUCAACUGGCGAGAACACUCAACGUAUUGAUGUGCAGCUCGACGUUGCAGCUCUCACGUGCUACAGCUGCUGCCUCGAUUGAGCCAAGUUCGAAUCGAGGCGCGGGAGCUUGGGCGCAUGACAUGGCAUCACCGUGGGACGCUUCACCCCACGCCGGCCUUCACCAUCCUUCUUUGCCACGACUGCUGGGGACAUGGACUGGACAUGAUGCCUGCCCUUCCUUUACGGUCUCUCACGCCGACCUCCAGGCCACUCCGAACUCAGCCUCAGCUCCGGCACCCCACCUCGCAGCUUGUCGCCCACAGGUGACCCUAGAAUACCCCUACAGACAUACGCAUACACGUAGUUGACCAUGAACACCCGGCCAGUUCUUGAUCCGACCCAACAGCCCUUUGCUCUGGCUGCCGCGUUCAACGAGAACAAUACCUUCUUCUCCGUCGCACACGAGCACGGUUUCAAAGGUAGAAUACCACAUUGAUUACGAGGCCCUCCGCUA